AUGUCCACUCUGUCAUACAAGAAGCAGGAUGCUUAUGCCACAACAGCCAAUGUCCCGGAUAAAAUGGCUGUGUUUCAAGAAUGUCUUCAGCAGUUUAAUGCCACUCCGGUCAAUGCUAAAAAGUGCAGACAAUUGUUAGCCAAGUUGCUUAGAUUGAUAUACAAUGGAGAGGAAUUACCAGGUCAAGAGUCAACCACUUUGUUCUUUUCCAUCUCCAAGUUGUUCCAACACAAGGAUCAAUCGUUGAGGCAAUUGGUUUACUUGACUAUAAAGGAAUUGUCAUCCACGUCUGAUGAUAUCUUGAUGGUUACAUCUUCAAUCAUGAAGGAUGUUCAAGGUGGUGAUGCAAUUUACAAGCCCAAUGCAAUUCGUACCUUGUCCAAGGUGUUGGAUCCUACCACUGUGACUGCGGCAGAAAGAUUAUACAAAAAUGCCAUUGUUGACAAAAACCCAAUCGUUUCUUCAGCUGCGUUGGUCUCGUCCUACAAUUUGUUGCCCCAUGCAAAAGAGGUGGUGAAGAGAUUUGGUAACGAAGCACUGGAAACUAUUCAGUCGUAUAAGUCAUUCCCUCCUACCCAAUUUCAAUUGCAUGAAUACUAUGGUAAUGCCACAUCCAACUUGCCAUCUACAUCGUUCAUGUAUCAGUAUCAUGCAUUGGGAUUGAUUUAUCAAUUGAGAAGUCAUGACAAGAUUGCGUUGAUGAAGUUGGUUACAACCUUGUCUGAGGGAUCGUCUUUGAAAAAUUCGUUAUCAGUUAUCCAGUUGAUCAGAUAUAUUAACAAAAUCUUGGAUGAUGACGAAGCAUUAUUCCCACAGUUGUACCCAGUCUUGGCAGGGUUUUUGAAACACAAGUCUGACAUGGUGGAAUUGGAGGCCAGUAAAGCUUUAAUAAAUUUGCAACACUUGUUGAAAGAUGAUCAAUACAUGCAGAUAGUCACCACCUUGCAAAAAUUGUUGGGUGUUCCUAGAACUGCCACAAGAUUUGCCGCAAUCAGAUUGAUCAACAAGAUUUCCAUCAAGCACCCGGAAAAAGUGUUGGUUGUCAAUUUGGAAUUGGAAAGUUUGAUCAAUGACUCAAAUCGAUCAGUAUCCACUUUGGCCAUUACAACCUUGCUAAAGACUAUGGGUUCUGGUACAACUGAAAGUGCCAGUGGAGGGGAAAAUGUGGACAGAUUGAUCUCCAAGAUGACUUCGCUCAUGAAUGAAAUCACCGAAGAUUUCAAGAUUGUCAUCCUUGAAGCUAUUGAGAACUUGGCUUUGAAAUUCCCAUCAAAGCACAAGAAGUUGGUUUCGUUCUUGACUGAUUUAUUGAGAGACGAUGGAUCGCUUGAAUUGAAGACGGCUAUUGUAGAUGCCUUGUUUGACUUGAUCAAAUUCUUACCUAGCGAAGGUGCCAAGCAAUUGAUUUUGAUGAACUUGUGUGAGUUCAUUGAGGAUUGUGAAUUUACUGAAUUGUCAGUUCGUAUUUUGCACUUGUUGGGUGAUGAAGGGCCAACUACAUCCAAUCCAUCUUACUACAUCAGACACAUUUACAACAGGUUGGUGCUUGAAAAUUCUAUAGUCAGAGCCUCAGCUGUUAUAGCUUUGGCCAAAUUUGCUGCCGUUUGUGGCGGUGAUGUUUCUAGAAACAUUGUUAUUUUGUUAACAAGGUGUUUGAAUGAUGUUGAUGAUGAGGUUAGAGAUAGAGCCGCAAUUUCAUUAAACUUUAUCAACAACAAGAAGAAAAACUUGAUUGUCAGUGAGUCAAGAUAUGACUUGUCAGCAUUGGAACACAAGCUUGUCAAUUACUUGAGUGACAAGGAGAAUUUCAACGAAAAAUUUGAUAUUUCGGAGGUGCCAUUCAUCACUGCUGAAGAGUUAAAGUCCAUUGAAUACAAUAGGAAAUUAAACAAAUUGGAACGCUCUUCUGAUGACAACACUGGAGCCAGUGAAGGAUCUAAGAAGAAAGACAAGUCUGAAGAAAGGUCCGAUAACAAUGCCAACGAUCUUUUGAAGCAACAAGAAUAUGCACAGGAUCUCUCGGCAAUCUCGGGAUUCGAGCUGUAUGGUAAGUUGACAAAAUCAUCAAUGACCCCAUUGUACCUUACUGAUAAAGAAAACGAAAUUGUUGUUAGUGUCGUCAAACACUUGUUUGUUGAGACACAGAAGUUGGUUUUGCAAUACAAUAUCAACAACACAUUACCACACACCAUAUUGCAGGACAUUUCAGUUAUUGCUCAGCCUGAUAAUGAGCUUUACCAAGAAGAGUUGAUUGUUACGUUACCAGAAUUGAAACCAAACGAAACUGGUGUUGUUUACGUUUCCUUUGCUACACCAUCAUUGGAUGACGAAGAGCUUUUGUCUGCAUUUGGAAAUACAGUUGCCUACACUAAUAGAGAUGUGGACGAAGAUGGUCAAAUUGACCCUACAGACGAUGGCUGGUCGGACGAGUACCAAAUUGACGAUUUGGUUUUAUUUGCCGGUGAUUUCAUCAACCCUCUUUACAAUUCAAACUUUUCAGCUGUUUUCGAUCAAUUACCAGCAUCGGAAGAUGGAAGCUCCACUGGUUAUAUUGUCAAUGUUGACAAUUUGGAGAAUGCUGUCAACAAAUUGAGAUUUAGCUUGAAUAUGACGCCGUUGGAUGGAUCUGACUACGUACCUAGUGAUUCAAACUCACAUACUUUGAAGUUGUUAGGUAAGGAUGUAUGGGGUGGUAAGGUUGGUGCUUCGAUCAGGUUGGCAAAGACUGGUGGUAAGAUUGUUGGUCGUAGCGAAGUGAGAACUGAGACUGAGAAUUUCGCAAAUGUUGUUGCAAGCAGUAUAUACGAAUAG